UUGUUCCUUGUUAUUGAGGCCGAACGAUAACACCACCAUUUCCACUUCGACACUAAUCUUUGUUUUUUCUAGGAUGGCCUCUGCGUGGCGGAAGUUGGCCCCUGGAUAACUGUCCAUCUGAAGGUCCUGGAGACGGACAGGUGGAAGACGACUAAUAUUGGAGUCACCAAUCACCAGGACCUUCUUAUCCACAGACAGGUGCCAAUCAACCAACUUGCGCGUUGUACUGAUGUGUCUAGUGGGGCCCCUGCGCGGACUCAUAGGUGUGGCUAAUUGUGUCGUGUCUGUAUCCUCUGUCGGCUGAGAGGCCGAAGUGACCGUUCUAGGCCCUUUCCGGAUUCCCGAAAAAAAUUGGGACCAGCUUGGACCCGCUUCGGGAACCGGCGUGCGUGGAGGAGGAGUGUCCACGAGGGGCACGUCCGGAAGAGGCGCGUCCGGGAGGGGCGCGUCCAGGAGGGAGGAAGUCGGCGAGGGUGGUCCCGGUUGGCCAGAACCCAGUUGAGACCAACUGGGGGGCGUGUCAGGGGGCAGCUGGGACCACCCUGGAGGCCCCUCAGGGGAUGACGCCGGCUGCUCAGGUGGCGGUGGCGCGUCCGAGACCGCAGGAGGGACCCUGACUUCGGUCUCGACCCGCGAAUGCGGCCUGGGUGGCGGGACCAGGGGAGCCUCGACAAUGGAGUUGUCGGGAGGACUGCUGCAUGGCUCCUGGGGUCCUGUCAUUCUCUGGGGCCUGGAUGGUGCCGCAGCCAGAGAAGAAGGCGACAAGACCGGGAAGGGGACCGGGGUGACCGGUCCCCUAGGACCCGGAACCGGUUCCACCACAGGGGACCAGUCCCCGACCACGGGGUCGGUCAUGGUGGACGCCGUGGCGCGCACAGGAGCGUGCAGGGUUGGAACCGGUAGGGGCAGCGGUAGCGGCAGCGGCAGCGGCGGCGGCGGCUGCACUACCUCCAUCACCACUCGGGUGCUGGACGGAUCCAAGCGGACUGGUGACCCCGUCUGCUGGGAUCGUGACGGACUACCCCCCUCGUCCACGCCACGAACGUCCACACAGAUGGAGAUCACCAGACCCUCGGCUAGCCGCAGUGUCUCGGUGGUCAACCUGCGUCCCAGGUGUGUCCUGGUCCAAGCCGAGGCCACCUGGAAUGGGUCUUUCCAAUUUUGCCCAAUAAAUGCACUGAGUUUGUUGAUUUCCGUCUGUAAUGCUUUUUUAUAAUGUUCUCUUAAUAUU